CCUCCAGAGAAUAUCGAGUCUCGUUCAAAUCUCCCCCUUUCUCUAUCGUAAUAGCUUUCAGAAUCAGUCAGCAUCUACAACUCAGUGAGAACCACCAUGGACCCAAAUAUCCAACACCUGCUCGGCCUAGAAGCUGUACGCGACCGAGCCCGAACCGUCUUCAGCCUCGCCGAACAAGGCAAGCUACACCACUACGAUUACCACCCUGAGCGCCUCGACGCGACGGUUGACUACGUGGUUGGUAUCAUCCAGCGCGACUUUGGCCCGGACCGCUACGACCAGAUCCCUCCCCACGGUCGCUGGCAGCACUUCGACGUCGGCGGCGUGCCUCGGAUACAGAAACUGAUCGAGCGCUGGGAUGCAUCAGGUUACGAUGACAAAGAGAAAGUGCGGAGUCUGUUGGAUUUGUUCUUCGUGUCGGUGCUGCUGGAUGCCGGGGCGGGAGAUACUUGGAAAUUCCGGGAGCUUGAAACGGGUGCCGUAUUCAACCGCAGCGAGGGUAUUGCGGUCGCAUCGCUGUAUAUGUUCUUAAAUGGGGAUUUUGCCAGUAAGGGGUCUGAGAGAAAGGAUGUGGUGCAUGGUGAGGCCCUACGAACACUCGGAGUGGACACACUUCUUCGCGGCUUUCAGGUCGAUGAAAGUAAUCCACUCGUAGGAGCUGCUGCACGGGUGGAGCUUCUCCAGCGACUGGGUGAAUCGUUGACAAAGCUCUCGGAUAUCUUUGGUUCCUCUGGUCGUCCUGGUCACAUUGCAGACUACCUCCUCGCUACCAGCACCGGCAACGAGCUCGACUACUCUCUCCUCUGGGAAGUUCUCCAGAAAACCCUCAUUCCCAUCUGGCCCUCCGACCGAACCAAAGUGUCUGGCCACCCCGUCGGUGACGCCUGGCCGCUCGCCGUGCUGGCUGAACAUUCCCAGCCCUCAACCACAUCUACAAUCCAGCCCUUUCACAAACUGACCCAGUGGCUCGCAUAUUCCCUCAAAGUCCCAUUCGAGCGAAUCCUAUCGGUGAAAUGGAAGAACGCCGAGUUGGGAACCGGUCUCCCCGAGUACCGCAACGGAGGGUUAUUCGUAGACAUGGGCGUUUUGACACUGAAGCCGGAGGCAUUGGAGAGGGGACUGCGUACUUCUGGUGAGAUCCUGCCGUGCUUUGCGGUCGGAGAUGGCGAGAUUGUCGAAUGGCGGGCUAUGACAGUUGCACUGCUGGAUGAGCUGCAUAGACGGAUUAUUAACAGUGGAAAGUUCGGCGAUGUGCAACUGACAUUGCCGCAGAUGUUGGAGGCUGGGUCGUGGAAGGCUGGACGGGAACUGGCUGCGGAGAAGAGGCCUACGACGAAAUCGAGUCCGAUUUUGAAUUCUGGUGAUGGGACUUUGUUUUAAUCGGGAAUACAUAGUAAUAGUCAAUAAGAGUUAUGUUUACUAAGGC